AUGUCGUAUCACUCUGAACAGUUCUUGGGUCAGUCCAACACACACUAUCCUCAGAUGGUUCAAGGAAGUUUCGUCGCCCAGCAUCCGGGCCCCCUUUCUUCCAAUCCGCCUUUCGGAACCGCUUCUUUCCACCACAGGCCUGGUCAGCCUCCACACACUUCUGGCUGGAACAAUCUCGAGUCUUCUAUGCAGGCGAACCUCAACUCGGACUCAUGGAUGCCCUCGGCUCACCAGUUCCUCAACAAUACCCUCCAGGCUAGUGGGUUUGGUGAUGUGCAAGCUGGUACGGAAACAAUGGGCAAGCUCUCCCAUGAUGAUGGAACUGUAUCUAGUAUCCUCGAGCCACCCGUUGCACCCCCAAAUAGUCCUGCGCAGGCCAAUGGCAAUGGAGUUGUCAACGGACCUGCCCCGGCUCCCAUCAGCAACACUCAGUAUUUUGUUGCCAAUGGCUCUUCACAGGCAGUGCCAAGCGGAUUCCCUCAAGGAAUCGCUAUCGUUUCGAACGGUAAUUCUCAAGGCCUUGGGAGCUCGGGCAUUGCUAACCGACUCCCCCACGGAGCUCAGCUUUAUCCCAGUCGACCCGUCCAGAACACUAGUUCUCAAUGUGUUGAACCGACUGGCCUAAUGUCGCCUCCCCACGGUCACAGUUCGACACUCCAGCCCGGAAGCCAACAUUCUGCUCGUCCCCAGGCUGCCACUGGCGCUCAGCAGUUCUACACUCCUGUUCCGCCCUCCCAAAACCCAAAUGUUUCUGGCCUGCCUCAGAGUGUCUCUUUUCACUCUGGCCUCUCCCUGAUGAGUCCCAUUAACACUCCUCACCAUCUAAGCGGCGAACGCAUGAAUGGUUCGAUCUCUACCCCCACUUCGGGUCCCAAUCACCAUCUCACUGAACCGCGUAACUACGCGCCUCGAACAUCUGGACAACCAGUUGAUAGUCUGCCUCCUCCGCGAUUCAACUUGGAUUUGCAGACCAUCCCCGGCGCUCACCAUGUCUCACCUCGAGACCCGUUUGGAAGCCCUGAGCGUGUUGAGCCGAGUGCCUUGAUUCCAUUCCCAAACCUGCCUCCCCCUGCUGUCCAGCAAGCCAUGCUCACCGGUGCGAUCUCAGCGCCAUUGACCGGCAACAAAUCUCACACGCUAUGUGAGCUGACAGGCACCUAUUCAGGUCUACCCACUCUGGAAACUGCUAUGAGCCCUGACUUUUUCCCAUUCAUGAGCGGCCCAGGAUCUACCAAGCCAUCUACUGCUGGCGUUGUUCGCCUCAAGAAUAUACCGUUUUCUACCAAACGUUCCGAAGUUGUUGCCUUCAUUGGCCGCAAUAGCCGCAUGCUGAACGAUGGUGACGAGCCCAUCCACAUCAUCAUGGACCGGGCCACGUCCAAGACCAUGGAUGCCUUUGUGGAAUUUGUGACAAUGGAGGAUGCUAUGCGUUGUGCCGAGAAGCACCACCAGUAUACUCAGGUUGGCCGUAUCAGCCGUUUGGGUGAACGACCUGUCGAGGUUGAGUUGUCGAGCCAAGCUGCUCUUAUGCAGGAGCUCUUCCCUCUUGCUCGUGGCGUUUUCUGGGAUGGCGCCAACCCUCAGGUCCUCCCCACCAACAACAACGAGCCUUGGGUUAACUUCAAGGGCUUCAUCUCUCCUGAGGAGAUGGUGAUGCUUGUCAAACAUGUAGAAGUUCCCCAUCGAUCGCCUUUCUCCAAGGAGUGUCCCCAACGCCCCUAUGAGUGCCUCAUCAGCACGCUGCGCAAGUUUCCUUGGUAUUCUUCGGACCACGUCACGAUUGCUCAGCGUGGUGCUAUGUAUAAGGCUACUACCAAGCUUAUUCGAUUGCUCAGCCGAUCCGUUUCACAGCAGGAUGACCCCGUCAACCUUAAUACUCAGCUGUUUCAGCGUGUAGUGCGAACUGCAAUGGAUUGCAAGGGUUUUACGAUCCUUCAGAAAGACAACAUUGCAUUCAUGGUCCAGAUGGACCCUACGGAGCAGCAGCGUCGUCACGGUCAGCCUGCAAAUGCCAACUCCUGGGUUCACCAGUAUGCCAUCGCAAGCAAACCAGAUACACCUCUCGAUCUUGUUGACUGGUACAUUCGCCUGAUUCGUGAGCAGACUACUCGUGACAUCCUUGUCCGUCCCAUCCACGAACGUACCUCGAUCCAAGAGACGCUUAAGGAUACCGAUGACUAUUGGGGCUACUUCUACUAUGAGAUUAGCUAUGUCCAGGGGCCUCAGUUCGACGAAAUGUCUUUGGGCCACUGCGCCUACCUCGAGCUUUCUGCCAUCGAGCGAAUUCUGGGCCGUGCUCUCGGUUACAACUAA